AUGAGCGAGGAGAUGCAGCAGGAGAGUGUGGACAUCGCGUCGGCAGCACUCGAGAAGUACAACAUCGAGAAAGACAUUGCUGCCCAGAUCAAGAAAGAGUUUGAUAGAAGACACGGUCCUACAUGGCACGUCGUCGUUGGGAAGAACUUUGGGAGCUACGUUACACAUGAAACUAAACAUUUCAUUUAUUUCUACGUUGGCUCACUUGCUAUCCUCAUCUGGAAAUCAUAA